AAAUGGAGCUACGCAGCGUUACAUCGGAGGUUGAACCAGAAUCGCCUGGGAAAGAGCCAUUCACUGGUGAAGCGGUAGCCUGGCUUGUCAAAUUGGCGAUGAAGACGGAAGCCAAUGGGUUACGAGCGCAAUUCACCGGCUCAUCUACUGGAAAAGGAAGGUCAUGGAUCGAGGAGUUUAUGAAGUUCUAAAUUAAGUCAACUUCUUAGACACGCCCUAACAUAUUCGUCUCUGAGUUGAUACCAGUUCAUUUGACUUCAGCCAAGUAGUCUCGCUAGCUCACGCUAGUUAGCUAGUUAAGCGUUAGUUGACACUGAACCAUCAGCAUGGCGUUAAUCUUGUUUACGAGGUCUCGAGCUCCAUUGAUGAAAACGUCGAGGUCGUUAAAGAGCGAAUUCCGCAAAGGGAAACUGCAGGAUGGAUCCAGCCUCAGCUGUUCUGCACUCAAGCUGUCCAUCCACAGGGACGCCCUGCAGGCUGGCAGUGUGGCCCCAGCCCCUUCCGUCUGCCCCCCCCUGCUCCUCACAGAAGGCCUCCUGGCCGCAGACCCCCCCCGGCUCUACUGCAUCAUGGCAGCGAGCUCCUCUUCACAGCACCCCUCUUCCUCCUCCACUCCGUACCCCGCCCUGGCCGCAGGGGUCCGCUGGACGAUAGCCCGGCCGCAGACGCACACGCAGGUGCGCUGGAUUCACGCCUCGGGGCGGCACUGGGACAACUCCAAGGUGGAGAGGUCCCUGCGCUCCCUGAAGGACAAGAACAAGAAGCUGGAGGAGGGCGGGCCGGUGUACAGCCCCACCCUGGACUCGGACGUGGUCAGGAGGACCAUCAGGCAGCGCGUGGUGGACGAGGUCAAGCACUACUACCACGGCUUCAGGCUGCUGUGGAUCGACACCACCAUCGCAGGGCGCAUGCUCUGGAGGGUGCUGAACGGGUCGCCGCUGACACGCAGGGAGAGGAGGCAGUUCCUGAGGACUUGCGCUGACGUCUUCAGACUCCUCCCCUUCCUGGUCUUCAUCAUUGUUCCCUUCAUGGAGUUCCUGCUUCCUGUGGUACUGAAGCUCUUCCCCAACAUGCUGCCCUCCACGUUUGAGACACAGUCUAAGAAGGAGGAGAGGUUGAAGAAGGAGCUGAGGGUUAAGCUGGAGAUGGCCAAGUUCCUCCAGGACACCGUGGAGGAGAUCGCCCUGCGCAACAAGGCGUCCAAGGGCAACGUGACCGAAGAGUUCUCCACCUUCUUCCAGAAGAUCCGAGACUCAGGCGAGCGGCCCAGCAACGAGCAGAUCAUCCGCUUCUCCAAGCUGUUUGAGGACGAGCUGACCCUGGACAACCUCACGCGGCCCCAGCUGGUGGCGCUGUGCCGCCUGCUGGAGCUGCAGUCCAUGGGCACCAACAACUUCCUGCGCUUCCAGCUCAUCAUGAAGCUCAGGACCAUCCGCGCCGACGACAAGAUGAUCUGGGAGGAGGGCGUAGACAGCCUGAGCGUGACGGAGAUCCAGGCAGCGUGUCGGGUCCGGGGGAUGAGGUCACUGGGGGUGACAGAGGAGAGACUGAAGGAGCAGCUCCGACAGUGGCUGGAGCUGCACCUGAAGCAGCACAUCCCCACCUCCCUGCUGCUGCUGUCCAGGGCCAUGUUCCUCCCAGACACGCUGUCCCCCGCCGACCAGCUGAAGACCACGAUGCAGAACCUGCCCGACAACAUGGCCAAGGAGGCCCAGUUGCAGGUGGCAGAGCUGGAGCUGUCCCAGGUGGACAACAGGACCAGGCUGGAGACCAGGCUGCAGGAGGAGGCUGCCCUCCGCCAGGACCAGCAGGACAGGCUGCUGGAGAGACACAACGACACUCUGGACAAGGAGCUGGCUGCCAGGCAGAACGGGGCAGUGAUGGACGCGGAGGCCAAGAGGAGCCCGCUUAACCCUGAGCGCGCUCUCUCCAGCGUGGACACGGCAGAGACCCUCCGAGACCCCGCCCCAGUCCUGGAGGGGGUUAAGUGCGAGGAGAUCACCAAGGAGGAGAUCGACAUGCUGAGUGACGCCUGCACCAAGCUGAAGGAGCAGAGGAGGCUGCUGUCCCUGGAGAAGGAGGAGCUGGAGGACCUGAAGGACGACGUCCAGGAGUACAGCGAGGAUCUGGCAGACCUGAAGAAGGAGCUGUGCAAGUCUGGCCAACAGAGGGCAGUAAAGGAGUCCAUGGCCAGCAAGCGCCUGUCCAAGAAGGUCAACCACAUGAUCGGACGCAUCGGCAAGAUCAUCACAGAGCUGGAGCACGACAAGGUGGUGCUGGACGGCCAGAUGGACCGCGACACCACGCCUCCUGUCGGAUUGUUCUCUGAAAGACAUAGCGCCCCCCGCAGGGAGAACCUGGUCAGCAUCAGCGAGCUCAUCAGCGUCAUGCGGCAGAUCCAGAACAUCCCGGAACACAAGUUGCAGAGCAUCGCUAUUGCCCUUGACGACAACAAGGACGGCAAAGUGGACAUCGAUGAGGUCAUCAAGGUGGUGGAGCUAAUAGACAAGGAGGACAUCGACGUGUCCACCAGCCAGGUGGCAGAGAUGAUGGUGCUGCUGCAGAAGGAGGAGAGGCUGGUGGAGAAGGAGAAGGCCAAAGACAAGGCAGAGAAGGAGCAGGCAGCUACGCAGCUAUAACAGGAGCUCUGGCUGGGGGUCACCCCUCCGUCCUGACCCCCCCCCCCCCCCCCCACCAGGGUUACCUCCCCCCCCCCCAUCACGGUUAACCCACCAGCUACACCCUCCAUCCGUCAUUGGCAGGUGCCACCUAAAUGUGUCUAACAAAGAAAUGUCCUCCUAUUCCAAGUUCCUCAAAGCUGCUGACUUGCUUCUAAACGCACAAAGGCAGAAAUAAGUACAACUCAUUUACUACCUGGAUCUAAGUAUUUUAGGGUUUUUUCAGCAGUUAAACGGUUGGUCUCCUAUCAUGCACUGGCUGGAAAAGCUUUGCUAAAAUUGGUUUGGAAAACAAGAUGUUGAAAUUUGAUGUGAAUCUUUCUUGCCUUUUUAAGUGAAUUCAAACGCAACCAUUCCCCAGACACGCUUCAUGACCGCACACAAUCACGUUCACCUCCAUCAUUCCACUCAGACGGCGUACCAUUUGCUUUGAUGUUUUUGUUUGGUUUGCAUCAACGUGUUUUUGAUAAACGUAUUAUUUAUUGCCAAUGUGACAUGGAGGAGUAGCACAUUAGGAAGGUGGACGUGCUGACUAGGUGCUCGGCUCUCACCAGGGCUGGAUGUAAACACGCAGGGCGGAGGAAAGAUGGCCGUGCAAGGUUGAGGAGAGGGAAGGUAGAAAGAGUGGAGAGAGUUCUGACGGUGUAUUUGCACUACAGUGGGUUGCCUGCAAGACGAGCUGGAGCUGUGCAGAGGUAUCUGGAGGUGUCCAGGGGGUACCUGGAACGGCCUAGUGGGCAUCAGGGAUAGCUGGGGUAUGCGGAUGUGCCCUGGGGUAUCUAGGGCAGCCUGGGGGUAUCUGGAGGGUGGAGGUGUCCUGGGGAGCAGGACAACAGCAUGCUCAUGGGCUCCUGGUCUCCAGACUUGGCCCCCCUGCACUAUUGGGUCCAGAGGCAUUCAUAUUUAAAGCAACAAGUAAACUAUACUAAUUGCUUUUAACUUUUGGCGCUUUUAUGAGACAUUUUGAUUGUGUACGAUGUAAUAUCAAAAUAAUACGUUAGGGCAGACAUGGAGCUGUUUCUGUUGCAACAGCUGCUUUUGUUUGAGUCUUUAGUUGUCAGAGGCGUAAGAAAGUGGAUGCCACCGGGAGAUCGGCACUGAACCUCAGUGCUGCCGAGGGCUCCCUCUCUCUCGCUCAGACCAGUGUUCUCUGCGGUUCUCGUGGCGAUGACACCAUACUGUGGUGAGAAGCUUGUAUUGUAGAAGUGUCGAUUUGCAAGACACGUUGCUGUCAAAUUGAUUUGCUCAGAAUGUAUACGUGUUCUCAGGACCCUGCAGCUAAUGCCAGAUAUAUAGAAUAGUAGAAUGUAUUUUCUGUUAUUUAUGCGUAUGAACUUAUUGCAAAGACGAGCUUCAAGUAAUAUGAGAUAUGGACAUUAAGUAACUGAAUCAAUAUGUUUAUUUUGCUGACUUGACUUGAAAUCUGCACAGACAAAAGUAUAUUGGGACAUAAAUCAAGCGUUUAUGUAAUUAAUUAACCUUAACCAAAAAUAGCACACCAGUGUUUUUAAUUAAAUGUUUUUGAUCUCUGAAUGUUUGCGUUGCGU